AUUAUUUAUUUUGGGGGCGGGGGGAUUACAGUCGUCACUGUUCGGUUGCACUCGUUGAUCGGAAUGGAGACCGAAGAAGGAGGCAAGAUGGCGGGGCGCGGGAAAAGAAAACCCAAGUCAGCAGUGCAGGAAUCUGAACCAACAAACAGGGAUAUGAAGAGGCCCAGGUCUGACCUGGAAAGCCGUGACCUGGCCCUGGAGGCUGAAUGUCUCUAUAAACUUAGGAUGCCACCGGAUUUCUACCAUUUCUGGGCCUUGUGUCAGCGCCUGAGCCCAGAGUGUCCACAGGAUGCCUUGAAGCAGGCCCUUGGCCUGCACCUCGUUGGCCCUUAUGACAUCCUCGCUGGGAGGCAUAAAUCAGCCCCGAACUCAACGCCAAACUACUUCCUGCACUGGCGGUACUUCUACGACCCGCCUGAGCUCCAGACCAUCCUGGUGGGAAACAGGGACAGCCAGCAUCACAUGGGUUACUACAGGGACAGUCCCGAUGCCCUGCCUGUCUUCAUCGGGGAAAAUGAGGCGACGAAGGGCUGUGCGAUCAGCCAGAUGGGGGACAACGUGUUUGCUGCUGUGCUGCUAUUCUUGGAAAGGAGGAAAAAGGAACUCCCCAGCAAGAAGCAGUCAUCCUUGCUGUUGUCCCUGGAGGCGGAGAUCAGGGACGCAGCUAAGACGCUGGGCUACUCCCUCGAGCAGAAGAGCAAGAGCAUGAAGCAGCGGGCCAGGAAGGUGGUGGCUCAGACAUUUCACGGUGCAGGGAUUGUGGUUCCCGUUGACAAGAAUGACGUGGGUUACCGGGAGCUCCCGGAAACAGACGCUGGUUUGAGGAAGAUAUGCAAAGCCAUCGCAGAUGCCAAAGAUGACGAGGAGCGGAUGAAGGCCUUCGCUCCCAUCCAGGAGAUGAUCACAUAUGUGCAGUUUGCCAAUGAUGAGUGCGAUUAUGGCAUGGGCUACGAACUGGGCAUUGAUCUUUUCUGCUACGGUUCCCAUGUGAGUAUGAACAAAGCUGGGAAGUGAACGGGGGCCAG